AAACUUCUUAGCCAAGUCCUGGGACCUCUUGCAAGGGUAUCUCUCAAAUUACGCACAAUUUUCACUGCGCAGCCGCCAACAGGGUUGUCUAUUCCUGCCUGAGCCGCCUGGCAGCCCUGGUUCGUGUCCGGCAGGACAACCUGUUUGCUCAUUAUCCGUGUGGCCACAGAAUGAGUCAGCCGGAGGAGACCACAACCACAACCACAGCCCGCCUCAGAUGGCUCUGCUUCUGUGGCCUAGCCAUCUCCCUGUACUCGCUGUAUGUGAAGUGGCAGCUCGACCAGGAUGCGGACUACGUGGCCAUGUGUGAUCUGGCGGAGAAGGUUAGCUGCACGGCUGUCUUCAAGUCUGACUAUGGACGUGGCUUUGGUUUGAGCCAGCAGCUGUUUGGAUCCACCUCCAGCUACUAUCUGAAUCCCCCGAAUGGAGCCAUAGGCAGCGUAUUCUAUGUGCUGCUCUUUGCGAGCUCCUUCUUCGAGCAUCGCUGGCUGUGCCUGCUGCAGCUUCUGCUGUCCAUUCUGACGCUGCUGCUGUGCUUCUACCUUGGACUCCUACUCCUCUUCGUGCUGUUCGAUUGCUGUGUGGUCUGCCUGCUCAUCUAUGUGGUGCACACGCUCCUCUUUCUGGAGGUCCAUGGGCGCUACAAGCGUCUCCACCUCCGACCCAACAAGAAGAUGGCCAUCGAGUGAAACCAUUUAUCCGUUUAUUAUUUGCAGUGCUUGUAAAAUAUGCAAAAAUGCAGAUAAAAAC